CCUCGGGGCCCUGGUGACUUUGAACCAGGACACCCUGCUCCUAAGCACCUGCUGCCUCCAGCUGCUCUGUGAAGCAGCUGUGUCACUCACCUCACCGCUGGACUUUGACAGGCUCCAAGGGCUCUGCUCAGCUCUUCCCACCUGUCGCCUUCCAGCACAGCGAAGUUCUUGCUGAGGCCAACCAGAUAGGUCUCCUCCAAGUUGGAGUCCCAUGAUGAGAGCCCACAGUGUCUUCUGGAUCCUGCUCGGAUUGCUGCUGUGGCCGGAGCCUGGGACAGCCUCCUUGCCUCUGUUCAUGAACUCCGUCAUCCAGGCCCUGGGUGAGCUCGAGCAGAAGGUGCCAGGGGCUGAGGCCAACCAAAGUGCCUCUGCGUGGAUUCUAUCAGCCCAGAGCUCUGGGCCCCGCCAUCCCCUCCACCACCUCCUGCUGGAGGCACCAAGUCUCAAGAUUACCGAGCUGGAGCCAGCACCACUGAACCCAGAGCUUCAAGACCUGGUUCAGAAGGUGGCCCAAUAUGAUGUCCGGGACGGGCGGGAGCACGGGGUGGUCCUGGCACCCGAUGGCUCCACUGUGGCUGUGAACCCUCUGCUGGUGGGACUGACAGCUGGGCUACAAGUGCGCAAGGUUUUAACCUCAACCUUGUCCUCGGAAAGCCCAGCCACCUCCCCCAGGCCCACUGAUGGUUUUCCAGAUAUUGCCCCUACAGAUGUCAGAGCCUCCCUACCAAAAGGCGGAGCUGAGUUGCUCCGCACUACAGACAGCUUCCUGACAGUCACCCUUGCUGCAGAUCUGGGCCUGACCUUCCUCCAUGGCUCCAAGAACAAGAGACUCCCAAACCUGGGAACUGAUGGCUGCUGGGACCAGCUCUCGGCCCCCCAGAACUUCAUGCUGUUGAACCCCAGGACAUCCAUGCUGACCACGGCCUUCCUCAAUGGUGCCCUGGAUGGGGCCCUCCUUGGAAACUACCUGAGCAGGGUCCCUGAGCCCCGGCCACUCCUCAGCCGCCUCCUGAGCGAGUACUAUGGAGCUGGGGUGGCUGGAGACCCUGAGUUCCGCAGCAACUUCCGGCGGCAGAAGGCGGCUACUCUGACUUCAGCCUCCAUCCUGGCCCGGGAGGUGAUGGAGGCUCUUUCCCUGCUACAGGGUGUGGAGCCAGGACUACCACAGCUGAAGAAUGUCAGCCAAGAACAGCUGGCCCAGGUGGCCAUCCACGCUGCCAGGGAGUUCAUGGAGGAUUUCCUGGCAUGCCCGGCCAUCCACCCCCGCUGCCGCUGGGAAGCCGCGGCCUACCGGGGUCUCCCGACGCCACUGAAGCUGCCGCUCAGGUUCUUGUAUGUGCAUCACACGUUUGUACCGGCGGCACCUUGCACCACCUUCGAGCACUGCGCCGCCAACAUGCGCUCCAUGCAACGUUUCCACCAGGACACGCGAGGCUGGGACGACAUCGGCUUCAGUUUCGUGGUGGGCUCUGAGGGCUACGUGUACGAGGGCCGCGGCUGGUACUGGAUGGGCGCGCACACGCGCAGACACAACUCCCUAGGCUUCGGCGUGGCCAUCGUGGGCGACUACACCAAGACACUGCCCAGCGAGGCCGUGCUGCGCACUGUGCGGGACGUGCUCCCCAGAUGCGCGGUGCGCGCCGGCCUCCUACGGCGGGACUACCAGGUGCUGGGCCAUCGCCAGCUAGUGCACACCACCCAGUGUCCUGGUGACGCGCUCUUCCGCCAGCUGCGCACUUGGCCGCGCUUCUCCGAAACUGGAAACUAAGAAUUACAAGGAUGGCCUCUCAAAGAUCCAGGAGGGCACCACCUCUUGUGGUCCAUUUUUCCAGCAGCUGCAGAUCUCCAAUAAAGU